CCAGAAGCCGAGCAGACGGCGGAGGAGCUUCAGGAAGAGAUUGACAAGGCAAACGUGGUGUGUGUGGUGUAUGACGUGUCUGAGGAGGCUACCAUCGAGAAGAUCCGCACCAAAUGGAUCCCGCUGGUGAACGGGGGUACCGAGAGGGGCCCCAGAGUCCCCAUCAUCCUGGUGGGCAACAAGUCAGAUCUGCGGGCGGGCAGCUCGAUGGAGGCCGUGCUGCCCAUCAUGAGCCAGUUCCCUGAGAUCGAGACCUGCGUGGAGUGCUCUGCCAAGAACCUGAGAAACAUCUCGGAGUUGUUCUACUACGCACAGAAGGCUGUGCUACACCCCACGGCCCCGCUCUACGACCCUGAGGCCAAGCAGCUGAGGCCCGCGUGUGUCCAGGCCCUCACGCGCAUCUUCAGGCUCUCAGACCAGGACCUAGAUCAGGCGCUCAGUGACGAGGAACUCAACGCGUUCCAGAAAUCCUGCUUCGGGCACCCCCUGGCCCCCCAGGCCCUGGAGGACGUGAAGACGGUGGUGUGCAAGAACGUGGCGGGAGGUGUGCGGGAGGACCGGCUGACCCUGGACGGCUUCCUUUUUCUGAACACGCUGUUCAUCCAGCGUGGCCGCCACGAGACCACGUGGACCAUCCUGCGGCGCUUUGGCUACGGCGACACACUGGAGCUGACCCUGGACUACCUUGCUCCGCCCAGUAAACGCUCAAGCAGCUUUAAGCGGGCCAUCGCCAACGGACAGAGGGCCCUGCCCCGGGACGGGCUGCUGGAUGAGCCAGGCCUGGGCGUCUACAAGCGGUUUGUGCGCUACGUCGCCUACGAGAUCCUGCCCCGGGAGGUGGACCGCCACUGGUACUUCUACCGGCACCGCAGCUGCCCACCCCCCGUGUUUAUGGCCUCGGUCACCCUUGCCCAGAUCAUCGUGUUCCUGUGCUACGGGGCCCGUCUCAACAAAUGGGUGCUGCAGACCUACCACCCUGAGUACAUGAAGAGCCCCCUCGUGUACCAUCCCGGCCACCGUGCUCGAGCCUGGCGCUUCCUCACCUACAUGUUCAUGCACGUUGGCCUGGAGCAGCUGGGGUUCAACGCGCUCCUGCAGCUGAUGAUCGGGGUGCCCUUGGAGAUGGUGCACGGUCUGCUCCGCAUCAGCCUGCUCUACCUGGCCGGCGUGCUGGCAGGCUCCCUGACUGUCUCCAUUACCGACAUGCGGGCCCCUGUGGUGGGGGGCUCUGGUGGGGUCUACGCCUUGUGCUCGGCACACCUGGCCAACGUCGUCAUGAACUGGGCUGGGAUGAGGUGUCCCUACAAGCUGCUGAGGAUGGUGCUGGCCUUGGUGUGCAUGAGCUCCGAGGUGGGCCGGGCCGUGUGGCUCCGCUUUUCCCCACCACUGCCUGCCUCAGGCCCACAGCCCAGCUUCAUGGCACACCUGGCAGGUGCAGUGGUCGGGGUCAGCAUGGGUCUGACCAUCCUGCGCAGCUAUGAGGAGCGACUUCGGGACCAGUGCGGCUGGUGGGUGGUGCUGCUUGCCUACGGCACUUUCCUGCUCUUUGCCAUCUUCUGGAACGUCUUCGCCUAUGACCUGCUAGGCGCCCACAUCCCCCCACCACCCUGA